AUGAGCUCACGCAUUGGUGUGUGUUUCCGAGAAGCGUUAUCACAACCGGUGCUAUUGAUUGUGUUACUAGUGUUUGUACUUAUUGUUCACGGAGAUUUAGAAGUUGGUGAACAAUGCACAGUGCAGCGAACGAAUGAACCAGGUUUCUGCCGCCCCGUUUCCGAGUGUGCCCCCAUAAUCGACGACAUACGAAAUCGACGGGGAAAUCCUACAAAAUGUGGUUAUAUCGAUCGCGUGCAGAUUGUUUGCUGCCCACAAACCGGUACUAACCCUGUGGUAGCAUCAACUACACAAUCCCCCAUAGUACGGAAUGACCACCAACGAGUCAUGGAAAAGUGUGUCGAAUAUGGACAGGCGGUAUUUUCGAAGGAAUAUGUAAACUCAUUGACUGCUGAACAACCGAAAUUGCAAACAAUUAAUAAGUGUGGAUACACGGCGGUCGAGUUAAUAGUAGACGGUGAACUGGCCAAAGCGCGUGAAUUUCCACACAUGGCACUGAUCGGUUUUGGGGCGCCACCAGAGAUUAGGUAUCUUUGCGGAGGAUCGCUUGUUUCCGAUCGGUUCGUGCUAACUGCUGGACACUGUCUAACGUCCGCUAACUUUGGAUCAGCCACAGUCGUGCGGCUGGGCGAAUUAUCGUUGAGCUCGUCGACGGAUGAAGCCUUCCCGGAGGAUUAUGAUGUCGCCGAAAAAAUUCCUCACCCAGAGUACAAGCAAACGUCACACUACAAUGACAUCGCACUCAUCAAGCUAAGCCGUAAAGUGAUUUUCUCUCCUUACAUACGCCCCAUCUGUCUGCCAGUGCUGCAAACCAUUUCGCAAAAGCGUGCCAUAGCCACUGGUUGGGGCGCGAUCGGUUUUGGAUUAGAACAAAGUAGCGAACUCCUCAAAGUUACGCUUGAUGUAUUCGGUUUUGAUGAAUGUAAAGUUCUGUUUGAACCAACACGUAAGCUGCGCACCGGUCUCAACGUCACAACGCAGAUGUGUGCCGGUUCACGUAAUUCUACCAAGGACACCUGUCAGGGCGAUUCCGGUGGACCGCUGCAGGUAUACAACGAUGCUAACGUUUACUGCACCUAUACAGUAAUCGGUGUUACCUCGUUCGGCCAAAACUGUGGACUGGCUGGUGUACCCGCAGUAUACACUACAGUCUUUCCGUAUAUUCCGUGGAUAGAAAAUUUGGUGUUUUAA